AUGCAUUGCGGGGUGCUGAUGUGGCAUACCAUGCCACCUCAACUGAAAGUGGAAGGACUUUUAGUUUUAAGGAUGGGUAAAAGAAAAAGAGUUCGGUCGUCAGCUUCAUUGGGCUCCAAUACAUAUGACAAAUUAGAUCAAUUAGUGGAAAAUUUGUUGGUUUUAGGAUCCAAUCGGAAGUCGGUUGGAAAGUUUGGGUCUUCUGCACGGUUCCUUUUCAGUUGGUUGUCCAGAAUAGAUUCAUGGUUCCCGUUGCAAGUAUCUGAUUCAUCCACUAGCGAUCCUAUUUUUCCAGUGAAGCACCGAAGCUCAAGCAGUCUUUCACUAUUGUGUUUAUGGAAGCAAGUCAAAGUCAAAGAAAUGGACGAGAAUGAGCGAAUGCAAGACCUUGAUUUAAUUUAG